ACUACUCGGGACUCAAGAAGCUCAUGGAAAUGGCCAGCAAGGACUGGCUCGAGGACUUCUUGGGCCUCGACGGUCUCGGGGUUCUGUUCGAGUCGCUAGAACGGCUCGGGGAGCGCGGGUUCUCCUCCAUCGCGGACGCCCUACUGCAGCUCGAGUGCGUCCUCUGCAUCAAGGCCGUCAUGAACUCCACCACCGGACUCAACUACAUCACCAACGACUCGAGCUACGUCCGGAAACUGGCCAAGGCCUUGGACUCGCGCAACAUGCUGGUGAAGAAGCAGGUGUUUGAGCUGCUCUCGGCCCUGUGUGUGUACUCCGAGCGCGGCCACGCCCUGGCCCUCGACGCCCUCAACAACUACAAGGUAUACAAGAGCCAGCGGUACAGGUUCCAGCUCGUCAUGGAGGAGCUGAGGGACGCGGAGGUCGUGGAGUAUCAGACGACCCUCCUCGCCUUCGUCAACUGUGUCGUCCUGGGCGCCGGCAGCCUGCCCACGAGAGCAUCCCUUAGGAACGAGUUUGUUGGAUUGGAUCUCCCACGCAUCCUGGAGUACCUGCGCGCCGUGGAGGACGAGGGCCUGUCUGUGCAGGUGGCGGUGUUCGACGACAGCCACGAGGACGACCUUGAGCAGCUGUUUGGCCCCGACGCCGCGCGAGACCUCAACCACUACGACGCCUUCAACAAUCUCUUCAUGAAGGUGAGGAACACGCCGCACUCCCUGCAGCUGCUGGGGCUCCUCAUCAACCUCAGCCAAGUGGACCCCAAAGACCAGGACAGCGACGCUGUGUGGUCACUGCUGGACCGCAUCGGGCUACGCGCAGCCGAGGGUUGUGUCACACACUCCUGGGCACGAACGGUCGCUGGCCGGGAGGAGUCCCGCAGCGUGGCCACCCAAACUCUUGCUCGCAGGCACACGCGACCCCCUUCGCCCGUCAACCUACGCCAGCUCGACCUGGAGGUGCCGGAGGGGUUCGAUGAAAGGCCUUUCCCGUCUUCUAGUCUUCCCUCCAGCCCCUCCACACGUGACCCACCUUCCGAUAGUCUGUCCACCGCUCCUACCUUAUCCGAACCCAGCCUGCCCCCUGGAGAGAGUGAGAGUAGUGUAAAGCAUAUCGGUCUUCUCACCUCCGUUCCUCCCCCUCCCCCGCCCCCCCCACCCACACUCCCGGUGUUUGAUGGGAAAGUUCUUCAGCCUCAUCCUCGUUCUCCUACUACAACUCCACCUACUCCACCACAGGUAUCUGGUGGUCCAUCAUCUCCCCCUCCUCCUCCUCCUCCUCCUCCUCCUCCACCACCAUCACUGUCAGGGAGCCUUCCUCCACCACCACCACCACCACCACCAUCUGGUGGCCUUCCCCCUCCUCCACCCCCACCACCACCCCUACCCGGGUGCCCUGCCCCUCCUCCACCACCGCCGCCGCUGCCUGGAGGCCCUCCUCCUCCACCACCUCCACCCCCCCUACCGGGGUGCUCUGCCCCUCCACCCCCACCCCCCCGACCCCGGUGCCCGGUCCCGCCCCCCCCACCCCCCCAGCCUGGUAGUGGGCCCCCUCCCCCUCCACCCCCUCCCGGGUGUGGCGGCCCCUUCCCCCCAGCCAUGCCCGCCCCCGUCACCGUGAGCCAGCGGCUGCCGCGGCCCAGCACCAAGAUGAAGCACCUCAACUGGAGCAAAGUUAACCGCCACACCAUCAGGAACUCUGUGUGGCAGGAGGUGCAGGAGGAGCUGAGCCUCUCGCCCAUUGCCAACAUCAACUACCAGGAGGUGGAGCAGCUGUUCUGCCAGGUGAAGCGUGCACCUGCCACGCCGCGUCCCACCAAGCAACAAUCGACCACCGAAGUGUCUCUCCUUGACGCCAAAAAGUCUCUCAACGUGAAUAUUUUCAUGAAGCAGUUCAAGGCCUCGCACGCCGAGGUGGUGGACGACAUCCGGCAGUGCCGCAGCACGAAGAUUGGAGCUGAGCGGCUGAGGGGCUUUAUAAGGAUACUCCCCGAGGAAGGCGAGGUGAACAUGAUCAAGGAGUACCAAGGGGAUCCGGCGAAGCUUGGCGACGCUGAGAAGUUUUACGUGGAGCUUCUAAAGGUGGAGGGCUACCAGGUCCGGCUCGAGGGCAUGAUACAGAUGGAGGAGCUGAACCCUGCGGCGGACAGACUCAAGCCUCAGCUCGCCUCGCUCCUCGCCACCGCCGACAAGGUCCUCGCCAGUGAGAGCCUCAAGGACUUCUUUGCUUACAUCCUCACGCUCGGCAAUUUUAUUAAUAUGGGGAGCUACGCAGGGGACGCCUUCGGUUUCCGCCUGCCCACGAUCUCCAAGCUGUGGGAGACGCGCGCCAACACCCCGGGCAUGACGCUGCUGCACUUCAUCGUGGAGCAAGUGGACGAGAAGGAGAUGGAGAUCCUCGGCUUCCUGGACCGCCUCGGGGACUUGACACAGCCGGCCAGGUUGAGUGUGGAAGGACUGAGCGGUGAAGUGGGAACGCUGACCACUGACCUGACGGGGCUGACCAAGAAGCUGGAAGUAGCUCCCAAGGACAUCCAGAAGCACUUCUCAGGGUUCACAAAGAAGGCGGCGGAGGUUGUGCAGGAUCUCCAGGCGAGUCUUCAAGAGCUGGAGCGUUCAAGGGUCAAGCUGGCCCAGUACUUCUGUGAGGACGAGGACAAGUUCCGCCUCGAGGACUGCGUGACCAUCUUCCACACGCUGUCUUGUAAGGUGCAGAGUGCGCGGAAGGAAAACGAAGCACGGAAGAAAAGGGAAGAACGAAAGAAGCGACUGGAGGAGCAACGGCGUCUGCAGGAGGCAGAGAGAGCGGCGACUGGCGGCAAGAAGCGAGUAAAGGGACCGCGGCUCCCGAACCCACAGGAAGACAAUGGCGGAUGCGUCGUCGACCGUCUCUUGGCGGACAUACGAAAGGGAGAUUUCAAAUUAAGAAAAAAGUCGCCGGCUCCCACGGUAGCCAGCUAGUCUGUCUAACCUAUGCUUCCGACGGGUGCUUUUUCGCAUCGAGGGGCUUCGACUUUACGAAAGGAUCACCUGAUGCACCGAUCCCAACCUAGUUUGCCCGACGAGAUGAGAGCUUUUCCGUAGGUUGAAGCUUCUAGUCAUGAAAACCCCUGCUUCCUCAACACUAGAUACGAACAGUCUGCCAUAUCGGGCUGUUACGUACGCCCUAACUCCUCUUUUCGCUGAGUGCAAAGGAAGGAAGGGAAACAGCUUACUCUUUUAAUCCCCAGUCUAUUAAGGAACAGCUUUUACACAUCGCCGUGCUUUCCUCAGUGGAUCAAGGGCACCAAGGGCAUAUGCAGAAUUGAAUGCCUGUCACCUAUAACAGUUUUAGUCCAUCACGGAAACAUAUACCCCAGAUACAUUAAAAGGACGUGUGUGUUCUUAUGAAAUGUGAUACUUCUCUAAUAAACUUGAAAAUGAGUGAAAUUGUGAUGGAAUUGAAGUCUGAUUCAUGUUACCAUUGUAUUUAUCGUUGAUCUUAUUACUGUGAGUCUCCAUAGAAGCAUAAAGACAAAGAACAAUAAAUGCCUUACGCGCAAUACUUUUUUUCGAAAACUUUCUCUCGUGUGUGAUACAGAAAAAGACUUUACACAAUGUUUUCUGAUCUGUAAUGGUUGACCGAGAAAAAUAUGACGUAAAAAGUGAAAACUAAUAAAAACAAUGAAUAAAAACGGAA